AUGUGUGAGGGGAAUCAGACGCAGGUCAAUCAGAUACAUCUCCUUGGGUUCCGGAGUCUACACAAGUACAGGACUCUUCUCUUCAUUGUGUUUUUCCUGACUUAUAUAUUUAUACUGGGAGGAAACCUUCUUAUUAUCCUUUUAGUCUCCGUUAUUGAUCACCUCAAAACCCCAAUGUAUUUCUUCCUAAAACACUUAUCCAUAGCCGACGUCUUACUAUCCACCAGUAUCUUCCCUGUGAUGUUGGACAUAAUACUUGUUGAGAAGGGUAUUUUGUCCCUCUGGGGCUGUAUUUUUCAGUUGUUAUUAUUUGGUGUAUUUGGAUGUUUUCAAUGUUUCCUCAUUGCCAUCAUGUCCUAUGAUCGAUAUUUGGCCAUUUGCCACCCAUUACGUUAUUCUUCAUUGAUGAGUCCAGAUCUUUGCCACCGGCUUAAUAUUGGGACAUGGUUUUUAGCCAAUGUGUUACCAUCUAGUGAGAUCAUUGUUCUUAUUCAAUACAAUUUCUGUGGCUUGAACUCCAUUGACCACUUCUUCUGUGACUUUGGUCCUGUAGUGGAAUUGGCCACUUCAGACACUUCCAUUUUGAUAUUGCAAGACUUUGUUGUUUCUAUUUUUAUUUUUGUUUUCCCAUUUGCUUUUAUCAUUAUUACCUAUGCUUGUAUUUUCUUCACAAUCCUUAAAAUUUCUUCUAGGUGUGGUAAAAGAAAAGCUUUCUCCACUUGUAGCUCCCACCUAAUCACAGUUUGUGUUUAUUAUGGAUCCUUUAUCACAGUCUACAUGACUCCAUCUGAUGAGAACACAUCCCAUAUAAACAAAUACAGAUCUCUAUUGUACCUCGUGGUGACACCAUUGAUGAAUCCCAUCAUCUACAGCCUGAGGAACCAGGAGAUCAAGAGAGCUGUGCAAAAAAUUGUCAGUCAUAUAUUUUAUUAUGGUUAG